AUGUCAGUUUAUACACCUGUGAUUAGGUUGCCUUCCAAACGCAAACCGAGUCUAGCACGAAUGAACAGUCAAAGCUUUGAACCGGAAGAUUUUCUCGUUUCCGAUACCUUGUUCUUGGCUACUUUACCAAAGAAAGUAAGAGAAAGUGAUAUUCGUACUCUUUUACAGCACUGUAUGCCCAUCGAAAUCAUCAUUGAUAAAGAACGAGACCUUGGACAAUUACGAUUUAGUCAACCCAAAUAUGCGGACAGAGCUUACUCGUUGUACAAUGGAUUUACUUUUACAAACAAGGCAAAGUUACAAUUGCAAAUGUAUCAAGAUGCCAGUUUGGAUCCCGAGGCAACAGCCGCCUUAUUAGAAAUUAAUGGUUUACCCGAUUACUUUGAUGACAACAAGUUGUAUGAUCUCUUUCGUCCUUAUGGUCCUUUGAACCUAUGCAAAUGUGUCAUGAAGGAAGGCGCAUUUCGAGGUACCGCCUUUGUUCAAUUCUUUCAUCCUCAGAGCUCUCAAAACGCUGAGGUGAACCUGAAUGCUCGUUUAUUGGAUGGUUACCAAUUGUAA